AGCACUACUCAGACAGUCACCAACUUGAUACCAACCUCAUCUGUGGCCACAGCCUCUACUGUUCCAGGGACCACAGCAUUUGAGGCCACCACUGCUGCAAGCUCAACCAGGAUGGAAACCUCCAGCACAGCUGCCAGGACCACAUCUGCUCCUCACACCUCUGCUGCAGCCUCUUCCACUGCAGCACAAACCACUGCUAUUGGUGAGACCUCCACAGCUGGCUCCACAGCAGUACAAGUGUCCACUCCAGAAUCUGCCACAUCCUCUGCAGUCUCUCCCAGUACAUCAGGAACAUCUCCUGCAGCUCUUGGAACCAGCACAGCCAUGGAGACAACAGCAGCUGCCAGCAGCAGCCCUGCAGGCUCAUCCUCCUCUGCUCCACACACAAGCUCAGCUCCUACAGCCACUUUUACCUCUACUCUGAGCACUUCCAGUCCUUUCACCUUAUCUACAUCAAUGUCUUCUAUGGACACAAUAUCAACUGCUGCUGCUGCAGGGACCUCGACCCUUGAGGCCUCCACUGCUGCAAGCUCAACCAGGACAGAAACCUCCAGCACAGCUGCCAGGACCACAUCUGCUCCUCACAGCUCUGCUGCAGACUCUUCCACUCCUGCUGAGGGAACCUCCACAACUGUCUCCAGCACAGCAGAAGUGUCCACCUCAGAACCUGUCACAACCACCCCAGUCACUCCCAGCACUUCAGGAACAUCUCCUGCAGAUGUUUUCACCACCACUACAAAGGAGAUGACCGCAGAGGUAAGCAGCAGCCCUGCAGGCUCAUCCUCCUCUGCUCCACACACAAGCUCAGCUCCUGACACAACAUCUGGUCAUCAUCUUAGCUCUUCUCAGACUGUGACCACCUCUACUCCAACCUCUUCUGUGGAGGCAACCUCCACUGUUCAAGGGACAUCAACCCUUGAGGCCACCACAGCUGCAAGCUCAACCAGGACAGAAACCUCCAGCACUGCUGCCAGGACCACAUCUGCUCCUCACACCUCUGCUGCAGCCUCUUCCACUGCAGAACAGAAGUCUGCUCUUCAGGCAACCUCCACAAUGUCUUCAACCAUAUCAGAACUCUCCACCUCAGAAGUUUCAACAUCCACUGCAGCCACUCUGAGCUCAUCAGGAACAUCUCCUGCAGCUCCUGUGAGCAGCACACCCAUGGUGACCACAGCAGCUGCCAGCAGCAGCCCUGCAGGCUCAUCCUCCUCUGCUGCACACACAAGCUCAGCUCCUGCUACCACAUCUGCUCUUCCACUCAGUACUACUCAGACAGUCACCAACUUGAUACCAGCCUCAUCUGUGGCCACAGCCUCUACUGUUCCAGGGACCACAGCCUUUGAGGCCACCACUGCUGGAAGCUCAACCAGGAUGGAAAUCUCCAGCACUGCUGCCAGGACCACAUCUGCUCCUCACAUCUCUGCUGCAGCCUCUUCCACUACAGCACAAACCACUGCUGCUCAGGGAACCUCCACAACUGGCUCCAGCACAGCAGAAGUGUCCACCUCAGAACCUGUCACAACCAUUCCAGUCUCUCCCAGCACAUCAGGAACAUCUCCUGCAGAUACUUUCACCACCACAGCAAAGGAGACAUCAGCAGCUGACAGCAGCAGCCCUGCAGGCUCAUCCUCCUCUGCUCCACACACAAGCUCAGCUCCUGCCACCACUUCUACACUUUCUCUAAGCACUACUGAGAGAGUGACCACCUUGAUAGCAACCUCAUCUGUGCCCACAGCCUCUACUGCUGCUGGGACAUCAACCCUUGAAACCACUGCUGCUACAAGCCCAGCCAUGAUGGAAGCUUCCAGCACAGCUGCCAGGACCACAUCUGCUCCUCACACCUCUGCUACAGCCUCUUCCACUGAGACACAAACCACUGCUGCUCAGGGAACCUCCACAACUGUCUCCAGCACAGCAGAAGUGACCACCUCAGAAGCUGACACAACCUCUCCAGUCUCUCCCAGCACAUCAGGAACAUCUGCUGCAGCUGCUGUCACCACCUCCCCAGAGCGCACAACAGCAGCUGCCAGCAGCAGCCCUGCAGACAUCUCCUCCUCUGCUCCACACACAGGCACUGUUGCCACCAGCACUACUCAGACAGUGACCACCUCUGUGCCAACAUCAACUCUGGCCACAACCUCAACUGCUGCUGCUGCAGGCACUUCAGCCCCUGACACCACCACUGCUGCAAGCUCAACCAGGAUGAAAACCUCCAGCACAGCUGCCAGGACCACAUCUGCUGCUCACACCUCUGCUGCAGCCUCUUCCACUGCAGAACAGAAGUCUGCUCUUCAGGCAACCUCCACAAUUUCCUCAACCACAUCAGAACUCUCCACAUCAGAAGCUGCAACUUCCACUGCAGCCACUUCCAGCUCAUCUGGGAUAUCAACUGCAGCUCCUGUGAGCACCACACCCAUGGACACAACAGCAGCUGCCAGCAGCAGCCCUGCAGCUCCUACAGCCACUUUUACCUCUACCCUGAGCACUUCCAGUCCUUUCUCCUUAUCUACAUCAAUGUCUUCUAUGGGCACAACAUCAACUGCUGCUCCAGGGACCUCGACCCUUGUGGCCACCACUGCUGCAAGCUCAACCAGGAUGGAAUCCUCCAGCACAGCUGCCAGGACCACAUCUGCUGCUCACAGGACAUCUGCAGCCUCCUCCACUGCAGAACAGAAGUCUGCUCUUCAGGCAACCUCCACAAUGUCUUCAACCACAUCACAGCUCUCCACCUCAGAAGCUGCAGCUUCCACUGAAUCCACUUCCAGCUCUGCUGCAGCAUCUACAGAAGUUCCUGUGAGCAGCACACCCAGCAGCAGCCCUGCAGGCUCAUCCUCCUCUGCUCCACACACAAGCUCAGCUCCUGCCACCACUUCUACUCUUUCACUUGGCACCACUCAGACAGUGACCAGCUCUACUCCAACCACUUCUGUGGCCACAACCUCCACUGCUGCAGGCACAUCAACUCUUGAGGCCACCACAGCUGCAGGCUCAACCAGGAUGAGCUUCAGCACAGCAGAAGUGUCCACCUCACAAUUUGACACAAGCACUGCAGCCACUUCCAGCAAUUCAGGAACAUCUCCUGCAGCUCCUGUGACCACCACAGCCACAGAGACAACAGCAGCUGCCAGCAGCAGCCCUGCAGGGACAUCCUCCUCUGCUCCACACAAAAGCUCAGCUCCUGCCACCACAUCUACUCUUCCAUUCAGCACUACUCAAACAGUGACCACCUCUAGUCCAACCUCUUCUGUGGCCACAACCUUCACUGCUGCUGCUCCAGAGACAUCAACCCUUGAGGCCUCCACUGCUGCAAGCUCAACCAGGACAGAAACUUCCAGCACAGCUGCCAGGACCACAUCUGCUCCUCACACCUCUGGUGCAGCCUCUUCCACUGCUGCUCAGGGAACCUCCACACCUGUCUCCAGCACAGCAGAAGUGACCACCUCAGAAGCUGACACAACCUCUCCAGUCUCUCCCAGCACAUCAGGAACAUCUCCUGCAGCUGCUGUCACCACCUCCCCAGAGCAGACAUCAGCAGCUGCCAGCAGCAGCCCUGCAGACCUCUCCUCCUCUGCUCCACACACAGGCACUGUUACCACCAGCACUACUCAGACAGUGACCACCUCUGUGCCAACAUCAACUCUGGCCACAACCUCCACUGCUACUGCUGCAGGCACUUCAGCUCCUGACACCACCACUGCUGCAAGCUCAACCAGGAUGGAAUCCUCCAGCACAGCUGCCAGGACCACAUCUGCUCCUCACAGGACAUCUGCAGCCUCUUCCACUGCAGACCAGAAGUCUGCUCUUCAGGCAACCUCCACCAUUUCCUCAACCACAUCAGAACUCUCCACAUCAGAAGUUUCAACUUCCACUGCAGUCACUUCCAGCACAUCAGGGACAUCUCCUGCAGCUUCUGUGAGCAUCACACCCAUGGUGACAACAGCAGCUGGCAGCAGCAGCCCUGCAGGCUCAACCUCCUCUGCUCCACACACAAGCUCAGCUCCUGCCACCACAUCUACUGUUCCCCUCAGCACUGCUCAGACAGUGAGCUCCUCUACUCCAACCUCGUCUGUGGCCACAACCUCCACUACCCCAGGCACAUCAACCCUUGAGGCCACCACAGUUGAAAGCUCAACCAGGGCAGAAACCUUCACACAAACCACUGCUGCUCAGGGAACCUCCACACUUCUCUCCAGCACAGCAGAAGUGUCCACCUCAGAACCUGUCACAGUCUCUCCUGUCACUCCCAGCACAUCAGGAACAUCUCCUGCAGCUCCUGUGAGCAGCACAGCCACAGAGACAACAGCAGCUGCCAGCAGCAGCCCUGCAGACACUUCCUCCUCUGCUCCACACACAAGCUCAGCUUCUACAGCCACUUUUACCUCUACUCUGAGCACUUCCAGUCCUUUCACCUUAUCUACAUCAAUCACAGCAGAAGUAUCCACCUCAGCAGCUGCUUCAACCUCUAAAGUCACUCCCAGCACAUCAGGAACAUCUGCUGCAGCUGCUGUCAGCACCACUCCAGUGCAGACAACAGCAGCAUUCAGCAGCAGCCCUGCAGGCUCAUCCUCUGCUCCACAAACAAGCUCAGGUCCUGCCACCACAUCUACACUUUCUCUAACCACUACUGAGAGAGUGACCUCGUCUAUACCAACCUCUUCUGUGGCCAGGACUUCCACAGCUGCAGGCACAUCAACCCUUAAGGUCACCACUGCUGCAAGCUCACCCAGGAUGGCAACCUCCAGCACAGCAGAGAAGUCCACCUCAGAAGCUGACACAACCUCUGUUGUCACUUCCAGCUCUUCUGGGACAUCUCCUGCAGCUCCUGUGAACACCACACCCAUGGAGACAACAGCAGUUGCCAGCAGCAGCCCUGCAGGCUCAUCCUCCUCUGCCUCUACAGCCACUUUUACCUCUACUCUGAGCACUUCCAGUCCUUUCACCUUAUCUACAUCAAUGUCAUCUGUGGCCACAACAUCAACUGCUACUGCUCCAGAGACCACGACCCUUGUGGCCACCACUGCUACAAGCACAGCCAUGAUGGAAACCUCCAGCACAGCUGCCAGGACCACAUCUGCUCCUCACAUCUCUGCUGCAGCCUCUUCCACUGAGACACAAACCACUGCUGCUCAGGGAACCUCCACAAUUUCCUCAAGCACAGCAGAAGUGUCCACCUCAGAACCUGUCACAACCAUUCCAGUCACUCCCAGCUCAUCAGGAACUUCUGCUGCAGCUCCUGGAACCAGCACAGCCACAGAGACAACAGCAGCUGCCAGCAGCAGCCCUGCAGACACUUCCUCCUCUGCUCCACACACAAGCUCAGCUCCUACAGCCACUUUUACCUCUACCCUGAGCACUUCCAGUCCUUUCACCUUAUCUACAUCAAUGUCAUCUGUGGCCACAACAUCAACUGCUACUGCUCCAGAGACCACGACCCUUGUGGCCACCACUGCUACAAGCACAGCCAUGAUGGAAGCUUCCAGCACAGCUGCCAGGACCACAUCUGCUGCUCACACCUCUGCUGCAGCCUCUUCCACUGCAGAACAGAAGUCUGCUCUUCAGGCAACCUCUGCAGUUCCCUCAACCACAUCAGAACUCUCCACCUCAGAAUCUGCAACUUCCACUGAAGCCACUUCCAGCUCUGCUGCAGCAUCUACAGAAGCUCCUGUGAGCAGCACAGCCAGCAGCAGCCCUGCAGGCUCAUCCUCCUCUGCUCCACACACAAGCUCAGCUCCUGCCACCACUUCUACUCUGCCACUCAGCACUACUGAGAGAGUGACCAGCUCUAUGCCAACCUCCUCUGUGGCCACAGCCUCCACUGCUCCAGGGACAUCAACCCUUGAAACCACCACUGCUACAAGCCCAGCCAGGAUGGAAACCUCCAGCACUGCUGCCAGGACCACAUCUGCUCCUCACACCUCUGCUACAGCCUCUUCCACUGCAGCACAAACCACUGCAGCUGAGGGAACCUCCACAAUUGGCUCCAGCACAGCAGAAGUGUCCACCUCAGAACCUGUCACAACCAUUCCAGGCUCUCCCAGCUCAUCAGAAACAUCUCCUGCAGCUCCUGUGAGCAGCACAGCCUCAGAGUCAACAGAAGGUCCCAGCAGCAGCCCUGCAGGCUCAUCCUCCUCUGCUCCACACACAAGCUCAGCUCCUGCCACCACAGCUUUGAUUCCACUUGGCACUACUCAGACAGUGACCACCUCUACUCCAACCUCUUCUGCAGCCACAACCUCCACAGCUGCAGGCACAUCAACCCUUGAGGCCACCACUGCUGCAAGCUCAGCCAGGAUGGAAACCUCCAGCACAGCUCCUAGGACCACAUCUGCUCCUCACACCUCUGCUGCAGCCUCUUCCACUGCAGCACAAACCACUUCUGCUCAGGAAACAAUUGUUUUCAGCACUGCACCUGUGUCCACCUCUAUAUCCACCACUGCAGUCACUGCUAGCACAUCUGGGAGAACUACUGCAUCUCCUGUCAUCACCAUGCUGAAGGACACAACAGCAGCUACCACCCCCAGCCUCACAGACACCUCCACAUCUGCUGCACGGACAGACACACCUACAACUCCCAUCUCUACUGCCACUGGGAGUAGUUAUCCACCUAUGUCUACAGCUACACCCACCUCUACUCCAGCCAUGAGUUUUCCUUCUCCUACUGCAGGCACUUCAGCACUUCCCAGCAGCUCCUUCACAUUUUUUUCCAGCCCCCCAACAACGACAGCUGCAGCCCUCGAGCACUUCACCAUCAACUUCACCACCACCAACCUCCCCUACAGCUCCGACCUGCGCGAUCCUGACUCAGCCAAGUUCAGCAGCACACGCAGGGUCAUGAACACCUUGCUCGACCGACUCCUGAAGAAAAGCAGCAUUGGAGCCAAGUUCCUGGGGUGUGAGACCAAAGGCUUCAGGCCAGUGAGGGCAGGGGCCGAGACGGGGGUGGACGCCGUCUGCAGCUACAGGAAGGAGCCCUCUGGGCUGCCCCUGGACAGGGUGGGUCUGUACCACGAAGUCAGCAACCACACCAAGGGCAUCACCAAGCUGGGUCCCUACAGCCUGGACAAGGACAGCCUCUAUGUCAACGGUUACAAUGAGCAGCCAGUCCUGACCACUCCCAGCCCCCCAACAACGACAGCUGCAGCCCUCGAGCACUUCACCAUCAACAUCACCACCACCAACCUCCCCUACAGCUCCGACCUGCGGGAUCCUGACUCAGCCAAGUUCAGCAGCACACGCAGGGUCAUGAACACCUUGCUCGACCGACUCCUGAAGAAAAGCAGCAUUGGAGCCGAGUUCCUGGGGUGUGAGACCAAAGGCUUCAGGCCAGUGAGGGCAGGGGCCGAGACGGGGGUGGACGCCGUCUGCAGCUACAGGAAGGAGCCCUCUGGGCUGCCCCUGGACAGGGUGGGCCUGUACCACGAAGUCAGCAACCACACCAAGGGCAUCACCAAGCUGGGUCCCUACAGCCUGGACAAGGACAGCCUCUAUGUCAACGGUUACAAUGAGCAGCCAGUCCUGACCACUCCCAGCCCCCCAACACCGACAGCUGCAGCCCUCGAGCACUUCACCAUCAACUUCACCACCACCAACCUCCCCUACAGCUCCGACCUGCGGGAUCCUGACUCAGCCAAGUUCAGCAGCACACGCAGGGUCAUGAACACCUUGCUCGACCGACUCCUGAAGAAAAGCAGCAUUGGAGCCGAGUUCCUGGGGUGUGAGACCAAAGGCUUCAGGCCAGUGAGGGCAGGGGCCGAGACGGGGGUGGACGCCGUCUGCAGCUACAGGAAGGAGCCCUCUGGGCUGCCCCUGGACAGGGUGGGCCUGUACCACGAAGUCAGCAACCACACCAAGGGCAUCACCAAGCUGGGUCCCUACAGCCUGGACAAGGACAGCCUCUAUGUCAACGGUUACAAUGAGCAGCCAGUCCUGACCACUCAGAGCGCCCCAACAACAACAGCUGCAGCCCUCGAGCACUUCACCAUCAACUUCACCACCACCAACCUCCCCUACAGCUCCGACCUGCGCGAUCCUGACUCAGCCAAGUUCAGCAGCACACGCAGGGUCAUGAACACCUUGCUCGACCGACUCCUGAAGAAAAGCAGCAUUGGAGCCAAGUUCCUGGGGUGUGAGACCAAAGGCUUCAGGCCAGUGAGGGCAGGGGCCGAGACGGGGGUGGACGCCGUCUGCAGCUACAGGAAGGAGCCCUCUGGGCUGCCCCUGGACAGGGUGGGCCUGUACCACGAAGUCAGCAACCACACCAAGGGCAUCACCAAGCUGGGUCCCUACAGCCUGGACAAGGACAGCCUCUAUGUCAACGGUUACAAUGAGCAGCCAGUCCUGACCACUCCCAGCCCCCCAACAACGACAGCUGCAGCCCUCGAGCACUUCACCAUCAACUUCACCACCACCAACCUCCCCUACAGCUCCGACCUGCGGGAUCCUGACUCAGCCAAGUUCAGCAGCACACGCAGGGUCAUGAACACCUUGCUCGAUCGACUCCUGAAGAAAAGCAGCAUUGGAGCCAAGUUCCUGGGGUGUGAGACCAAAGGCUUCAGGCCAGUGAGGGCAGGGGCCGAGACGGGGGUGGACGCCGUCUGCAGCUACAGGAAGGAGCCCUCUGGGCUGCCCCUGGACAGGGUGGGCCUGUACCACGAAGUCAGCAACCACACCAAGGGCAUCACCAAGCUGGGCCCCUACAGCCUGGACAAGGACAGCCUCUAUGUCAACGGUUACAAUGAGCAGCCAGUCCUCACCACUCCCAGCGCCCCAACAACGACAGCUGCAGCCCUCGAGCACUUCACCAUCAACUUCACCACCACCAACCUCCCCUACAGCUCCGACCUGCGGGAUCCUGACUCAGCCAAGUUCAGCAGCACACGCAGGGUCAUGAACACCUUGCUCGACCGACUCCUGAAGAAAAGCAGCAUUGGAGCCAAGUUCCUGGGGUGUGAAACCAAAGGCUUCAGGCCAGUGAGGGCAGGGGCCGAGACGGGGGUGGACGCCGUCUGCAGCUACAGGAAGGAGCCCUCUGGGCUGCCCCUGGACAGGGUGGGCCUGUACCACGAAGUCAGCAACCACACCAAGGGCAUCACCAAGCUGGGUCCCUACAGCCUGGACAAGGACAGCCUCUAUGUCAACGGUUACAAUGAGCAGCCAGUCCUGACCACUCCCAGCGCCCCAACAACGACAGCUGCAGCCCUCGAGCACUUCACCAUCAACAUCACCACCACCAACCUCCCCUACAGCUCUGACCUGCGGGAUCCUGACUCAGCCAAGUUCAGCAGCACACGCAGGGUCAUGAACACCUUGCUCGACCGACUCCUGAAGAAAAGCAGCAUUGGAGCCAAGUUCCUGGGGUGUGAAACCAAAGGCUUCAGGCCAGUGAGGGCAGGGGCCGAGACGGGGGUGGACGCCGUCUGCAGCUACAGGAAGGAGCCCUCUGGGCUGCCCCUGGACAGGGUGGGCCUGUACCACGAAGUCAGCAACCACACCAAGGGCAUCACCAAGCUGGGUCCCUACAGCCUGGACAAGGACAGCCUCUAUGUCAACGGUUACAAUGAGCAGCCAGUCCUGACCACUCCCAGCCCCCCAACAACGACAGCUGCAGCCCUCGAGCACUUCACCAUCAACUUCACCACCACCAACCUCCCCUACAGCUCCGACCUGCAGGAUCCUGACUCAGCCAAGUUCAGCAGCACACGCAGGGUCAUGAACACCUUGCUCGACCGACUCCUGAAGAAAAGCAGCAUUGGAGCCAAGUUCCUGGGGUGUGAGACCAAAGGCUUCAGGCCAGUGAGGGCAGGGGCCGAGACGGGGGUGGACGCCGUCUGCAGCUACAGGAAGGAGCCCUCUGGGCUGCCCCUGGACAGGGUGGGUCUGUACCACGAAGUCAGCAACCACACCAAGGGCAUCACCAAGCUGGGCCCCUACAGCCUGGACAAGGACAGCCUCUAUGUCAACGGUUACAAUGAGCAGCCAGUCCUGACCACUCCCAGCCCCCCAACAACGACAGCUGCAGCCCUCGAGCACUUCACCAUCAACUUCACCACCACCAACCUCCCCUACAGCUCCGACCUGCGCGAUCCUGACUCAGCCAAGUUCAGCAGCACACGCAGGGUCAUGAACACCUUGCUCGACCGACUCCUGAAGAAAAGCAGCAUUGGAGCCAAGUUCCUGGGGUGUGAAACCAAAGGCUUCAGGCCAGUGAGGGCAGGGGCCGAGACGGGGGUGGACGCCGUCUGCAGCUACAGGAAGGAGCCCUCUGGGCUGCCCCUGGACAGGGUGGGCCUGUACCACGAAGUUAGCAACCACACCAAGGGCAUCACCAAGCUUGGUCCCUACAGCCUGGACAAGGACAGCCUCUAUGUCAACGGUUACAAUGAGCAGCCAGUCCUGACCACUCCCAGCCCCCCAACAACGACAGCUGCAGCCCUCGAGCACUUCACCAUCAACUUCACCACCACCAACCUCCCCUACAGCUCUGAUCUGCAGGAUCCUGACUCAGCCAAGUUCAGCAGCACACGCAGGGUCAUGAACACCUUGCUCGACCGACUGCUGAAGAAAAGCAGCAUUGGAGCCAAGUUCCUGGGGUGUGAGACCAAAGGCUUCAGGCCAGUGAGGGCAGGGGCCGAGACGGGGGUGGACGCCGUCUGCAGCUACAGGAAGGAGCCCUCUGGGCUGCCCCUGGACAGGGUGGGUCUGUACCACGAAGUCAGCAACCACACCAAGGGCAUCACCAAGCUGGGCCCCUACAGCCUGGACAAGGACAGCCUCUAUGUCAACGGUUACAAUGAGCAGCCAGUCCUGACCACUCCCAGCCCCCCAACAACGACAGCUGCAGCCCUCGAGCACUUCACCAUCAACUUCACCACCACCAACCUCCCCUACAGCUCCGACCUGCGCGAUCCUGACUCAGCCAAGUUCAGCAGCACACGCAGGGUCAUGAACACCUUGCUCGACCGACUCCUGAAGAAAAGCAGCAUUGGAGCCAAGUUCCUGGGGUGUGAAACCAAAGGCUUCAGGCCAGUGAGGGCAGGGGCCGAGACGGGGGUGGACGCCGUCUGCAGCUACAGGAAGGAGCCCUCUGGGCUGCCCCUGGACAGGGUGGGCCUGUACCACGAAGUUAGCAACCACACCAAGGGCAUCACCAAGCUUGGUCCCUACAGCCUGGACAAGGACAGCCUCUAUGUCAACGGUUACAAUGAGCAGCCAGUCCUGACCACUCCCAGCCCCCCAACAACGACAGCUGCAGCCCUCGAGCACUUCACCAUCAACUUCACCACCACCAACCUCCCCUACAGCUCUGAUCUGCAGGAUCCUGACUCAGCCAAGUUCAGCAGCACACGCAGGGUCAUGAACACCUUGCUCGACCGACUGCUGAAGAAAAGCAGCAUUGGAGCCAAGUUCCUGGGGUGUGAGACCAAAGGCUUCAGGCCAGUGAGGGCAGGGGCCGAGACGGGGGUGGACGCCGUCUGCAGCUACAGGAAGGAGCCCUCUGGGCUGCCCCUGGACAGGGUGGGCCUGUACCACGAAGUUAGCAACCACACCAAGGGCAUCACCAAGCUGGGUCCCUACAGCCUGGACAAGGACAGCCUCUAUGUCAACGGUUACAAUGAGCAGCCAGUCCUGACCACUCCCAGCCCCCCAACAACGACAGCUGCAGCCCUCGAGCACUUCACCAUCAACUUCACCACCACCAACCUCCCCUACAGCUCUGACCUGCGGGAUCCUGACUCAGCCAAGUUCAGCAGCACACGCAGGGUCAUGAACACCUUGCUCGACCGACUCCUGAAGAAAAGCAGCAUUGGAGCCGAGUUCCUGGGGUGUGAGACCAAAGGCUUCAGGCCAGUGAGGGCAGGGGCCGAGACGGGGGUGGACGCCGUCUGCAGCUACAGGAAGGAGCCCUCUGGGCUGCCCCUGGACAGGGUGGGUCUGUACCACGAAGUCAGCAACCACACCAAGGGCAUCACCAAGCUGGGCCCCUACAGCCUGGACAAGGACAGCCUCUAUGUCAACGGGUACAAUGAGCAGCCAAUCCUGACCACUCCCAGCCCCCCAACGACAGCUGCAGCCCUCGAGCACUUCACCAUCAACUUCACCACCACCAACCUCCCCUACAGCUCCGACCUGCGCGAUCCUGACUCAGCCAAGUUCAGCAGCACACGCAGGGUCAUGAACACCUUGCUCGACCGACUGCUGAAGAAAAGCAGCAUUGGAGCCAAGUUCCUGGGGUGUGAGACCAAAGGCUUCAGGCCAGUGAGGGCAGGGGCCGAGACGGGGGUGGACGCCGUCUGCAGCUACAGGAAGGAGCCCUCUGGGCUGCCCCUGGACAGGGUGGGCCUGUACCACGAAGUCAGCAACCACACCAAGGGCAUCACCAAGCUGGGUCCCUACAGCCUGGACAAGGACAGCCUCUAUGUUAACGGUUACAACGAACCACUUCAGAGAUCAGCUCUGAGGACAACUCCUGCACCCAGCCCAGCAGCCAGCAACUUCACCCUGAAUUUCACCUUGACCAACCUCCGCUACACAGCAGAUCUGACUGACCCAAGCUCCCGCAGGUUCCUCUCCACAGUCAAAGUUAUCAACCACUAUGUUGACUCCCUUCUCCGAAACAGCAGCAUAGGCUCUGUCUACAAGGGAUGCAAGCUGCUGAGGUUCAGGUCUGGCAGACACAGGGAUCACACAGGCAUAGAUGCUGUCUGCAGCUACCAAAACGAUGCCAACCUUGCCAAGUUCAACAGAGAAAAGGUUUACCAUGAGCUGAGCACCAUGACAGAUGGUGUCACUAAACUGGGGCACUACAGCCUGGACAACAACAGCCUCUAUGUUGAUGGUUUCCCCCUCAGAGAAGCAGCUGUUAUCAGGAAGCCUGCCAUGGCUGAGGCUCCUGCCAGGCUGGGCUACAGGCUGAGCUUUAGAAUAGUCAAUGAAAACCUGAGCAACUCAGACUCUCGGUCUCCAGAGUACAAAGCAGCAGUGGAAAGCAUCAGCAAGAAGAUGAAUCAACUCUACCUCCAGAGCAGCCUACGAGACCAGUUCCUCAACUGCAGCAUCACAAGGCUGAGGGCUGGAUCCAUAAUGGUUGACUGCAACUGCUUCUUCCAGUCAGAGCCCAGCAUCAACAGGGCUGUAGUUGAAAGAGCUUUCCAGGAUGGAGCUUCCAACACAAGUGGCCUGUGGCUGGGAAGCAGUUACCAGCUGCAAGGAUUCUCAGUGGACAACCUGGAACUAGCAAUUGAAGCAGCAACUCACAGAACACCUCUCAAGUCUGGGAAAGAAAACUUCAGAUUGAACUUCAGAAUCUCCAACCUGCCUUACUCCCCAGAGCUGCAGGACCCCAGCUCCCAGAGGUACCAAGUGACCAAAGAGAACAUUGAGAAAGAGCUGGAAGUAUUCAGAAGCAGCAGCCUGAAGGAUUACUUCAUUGGUUGUACUCUUGAGAGCUUUGGGCCUGUCCAUGGGAAGCCUUACACUGAGGUUGUCUCCAUCUGCAAAUUCAUCCUGGCCUCCUCAAGGACCUUAGAGAAGCAGGAGGUGUAUGAGGAGCUGGCAGGCCUGACACAAGGCUUCAGCAAGCUGGGCUCCAGCUACAGGCUGGAAGAGCAGAGCCUGGUGGUUGAAGGUUACUCUCCAAUCAAGACAGAGGAACAUCAGUCUGAAAGACCUGAGCUUCAGUUCUGGGCAAUCAUCCUCAUCUGUGUUUUCAUCCUGAUUGGCUUCAUCCUCCUCCUCUUGUUAUGCUUCCUGAUUGCCUCUUGCCUAAGAAGGAAGUCAGAUCUCUACCAGGUUCAACAAAGCAUCUAUGGAGUCUACUUCCCACACCCGAGCACAAGCAAAGUGCAUUGACAGAAGAGCUGAGGUCUGCUCCCAGACCUCUUUUGCUCCCAGAGCUGUUCCUCCGUUGAUGAAGGAAAGAAAAACGUUUACCAGUCCUAGAAAAAUGUUUAAUAAAUUAUAUUUAGCAUUU